GCGGCGCCCCCUGGUGGCGGGCGGCGCCGGUGCAGCGCGCGCUCCGGGCGCAGAGAGUGCUCAGGUCGGGGGGAGCGCGGCUCGGCGCGGCCGUGCGCCGCCCGCAGACGAGCUGAGAGACGUUGGCCAGAGGAGGGUGGAAGGUGCUGGGGCAAGGCCCCGAGUGGUCCGUGAGUGUCCCAGGGUGGCCCCUGACCAGAGACUCGCCCCCACCAGAGGUUCUCCCCCCUCCACAGGCCCCUUGUGCUGACCCUACAGCGGUGGUGGAGGAUAGCAAGAUCAACGCACAGCUCUCCUACCUGAGCUGGGCUCAGCGUUGGCCAUACCCCAACGAGUGUAACAGUCCUCCAUGCAGCCUCCCUGGAAGAUGGAAGAGCAAAGAAUGCUGUGCGACUGCUUUGAAGUGGAGAACCUUACCAGUUCCAGGGAGGAGAGGACUGAAGGUGAUUUGAAGACGUUUUGGACACAAUUGGGAGGUAGAAGAGUGGACGUCAUAUUUGAGCAAGUGCAAAAUGUGCUGCUGUUGCUAAAGCAAAAGAUCAAGAAUGGAACUGCCACUAACCAAGAAUGCUGGCAGGCUUGGGCACUGGUGAAUGAAGCUAAUCUAGGUGAUCUCUUAACCUUGACAAAUGUAAGUGAUGAGUUUGGUGGAGAUGGCAUACAGGAAGCCAAACCCAAAUUGCAGCAUCUUCCUACAGAUCACAACACUGCAAACUCUGUAGAAGGUUCUCACAGCAAAAAAGAGGAGAUGGAAAAAACAGGUCCAGGGAUUAAAGAAGCAUCUAGUAAAAUUCAAGAUUUACCUUUAAACCUGCAGUAUCAGAACCACAAGUGCUCUAGUGCAUGUCUGACCAACAGAGCAGCGGGCUUCUACAGGGGUGAAAAUCCUCUAAAGAUACCGAUCCUGUUUCACUUUCAAAGACGCCAUGCAAAAGCAGACUGCCUUUCAAAAUCGCUGGAUGUGAAUUAUAAAGCUCCUUGUGGUCGAAGUCUGAGAAGCUUUCAAGACGUGCAAAAUUAUUUGUUUGAAACAGAGUGCAAUUUCUUAUUUGUUGAUCAUUUCUCCUUCAACACAUACGUACUGUUGGGCAGGAACACCAUAAAUCCCGAACCCCUCGUGUUUGAUUUUGAUAUUAGCAAUGGAGCCGAGUCUGUGCCCGUUUCCUUCUGUAAUGAUCUUGACCGUGCAAGAUUACCUUAUUUCAAAUAUCGGAGGGCGUCGUGGCCGCGUGGAUAUUAUCUCAACAAUUUCUCCAGCAUGUUUGUUGAUUCAUGUGACUGCACAGAUGGCUGCAUUGAUAGGUCAAAAUGUGCAUGCCUACAGCUAACUGCAAGAGGCUGUAGUAAAAUUUCUCUAUCUCCAAGUAGUAAAACAUCCCGUGGAUACAGUUACAAAAGACUAGAGGGACCUGUUCCUAGUGGAAUUUAUGAGUGUAGUGUGUUGUGCAGGUGUGACAAGAUGAUGUGUCAGAACAGAGUUGUACAACAUGGCAUUCAAGUCAGGUUGCAGGUGUUCAACACAGAGAAGAAAGGCUGGGGUGUCCGCUGCCUAGAUGAUAUCGACAAGGGGACAUUUGUUUGUACUUACUCAGGCAGAUUAAUGAGCAGAGCUGAUGAAAUAUUGGGAGAUGCUGGUCAAGAGCUGAAAGAGAAGAGUGCUGCGAAUGACAGAAACCAUGGCUUUUUUUCCAAAAAAAGAAAACUUGACACUGAUUGUUCAGACUCUGUGAUUGAACUAGUGCAGGCUGGCAAAAAUGACAUUCUUGAGAAGCAGGAAUCUUUGUCUCAGACUGUGGAUAAUGAAAAAAAAUCAACAGUGGUUCAUCCAAGAAAUUUAAGUAUUGCAACCACGAGAAGGCCUGGAACUAGAACUGUUGUUUUUCGUAAUCACCAGCUAAAAACGGAAAUUGAUACACUGGUGCACAGUGCCAGCUCAGAUGAAGAUAAUAGUUCUCAGAUUCAUCAGUCAAGCGAAACAAAACUAACCAGUGGAACAAAGAAAGGAAAAGAAAAAUCGACUCAGCAGCAGAAGGAAGAACAUCCAAGGGAAAUUGGACGGACUGAGUCCGCUGAAGUGGAUGGUGCAGAAUGCAAAAGAAAGAGUCUGUCUCUGCAGAGUGUUGGUUGUGGCAAGUCAAGUGUGCUGGAUGACACGUGUGUGGUGAGGCCGCCCAAAAACGUACCACUAAAAGCUGACUGCAAAGAGGAAAAUCACAGGCAGUCAAAACAAGAUGCAUUUUGUGAGGAGGCUGAUGGUGACAGGACGCUUCUGAAGAAUGCUAAUGAAGAAAAUAUUUAUGUACUGGAUGCCACAAAAGAAGGAAAUGUGGGUCGUUUUCUUAACCACAGCUGCUGCCCAAAUCUCUUUGCACAGAGUGUGUUUGUAGAGACUCACAACAGAAGUUUCCCAUGGGUGGCGUUCUUCACAAACAGACAUGUGAAAGCUGGAACCGAACUCACGUGGGAUUAUGGUUAUGAAGCUGGAAGCAUGCCAGAGACAGAGAUUUCCUGUCACUGUGGAGUUCAGAAGUGCAGGAAAAAAACCUUAUAGGCAAAGCUUUCCUACUGUCAACAUAUCACGUACCUGGAGAUUUAUAUGCUGGAAGGAACUACUACACAGCAAACAGUACACUUCAGUCUGUGGUGCUAGUUACAUUCAACUGAAAUGCCUUUCCCCUGAUCAUUUUUUGAAUUUACAUAUUAAUGUCACUUUUGUAGUUUACAGAAUAAGAACUAUUUGUCAUAAGAACAGGCGUCAGAUUUUUCCUAGGUAAUUUCUGUGCUCCAAGUCUUUCGCCCUCUUUUCAUUCACAAGCAAAGUUCACAGCGCACUGGCAGAACUUGUGCUUCUGUGCCAUCUGCAGCAGAGAUAUGACUGAUGCAGAGCAGCAGUUAGUUGAUGUUUUCUGUGCCCUUCCACGAUGCUGAGUUAGCAAAACUGGGUUUUCUGAAACUUGUUACGAAUGCAAGUCUGCCUGUUUGGGGGCUACAAAUUAUUAAAAUACACCUAAGCCAGAUGGAUCCAGUGGGACAGAUGAUAGUCUUCAAUGGAGAUGAGAUUAAUCAGAACAGUUUUGCAGAGCUGUGUUCAUGCUAUAAAGCGAGCUGGGCGAGUCCUGCUGCUGCAGGAGAGAAAUGGCUGGUUUUUGUUGAGUUGCAUCUCUGUCUUUGUGACACACAGAGAAAUCCUUGAGAAAUUCACUGUGCCUCAUUUCAGUGCUGUGUUGUGCAGUGUGGGACAGGUGGGCCACAGGAGUCCUUGCCAUGUGGUUUGUUGGUAAGAGAGAAACGAGCUACAUUAGGUGACACGUGAGUGGAAAUGCAGGAGGUUGCUCUGAAAUGGAGCAAGGGGGGGGUGUGCAGGUGUGUGGCCUUGAAUGCGUUGGAGCCUUGCACAAAGAAGGUGGUGUGUAGACGGGUGAUUUAGACCGCUUGAAGAACCGCUGCCAAAGGUAUCAGCAAAAGUAGUUUUAUUGAAGUAAGAUGUAGUAGUGAGGCUUAACAAAGUUUCGUGGCAAGGCUCACUGUUACUUGCUGCAGAGGAUAUAAUAACGAUCCAAAGUUACCAAUACAAAAAUCUUAGUGCACUAUAAUACAAGGUUAUGUGCGAUACUGAUCACUUACCAAAGAUCUGCAGUUGGCAUGGGGUCUCUCAGUCUCAAGGAGUAACCUUGAGAGGUGUCCCGGCUCAAGGGGAGAUCACUGCUGCACAGCCAGCUGCUUAGCAGGGAGACCUCAAAGGCAGCUCACUCAGCCUGUCAUUUUUAUGGAAUAAAGCGGUUGGCGCAUAGUCAAAUUACAUGUGCUAGAAAAGGUAAGCAUGAGACUCCUUGUACCCACAGCUUGCUUUGUUCCUCGAUAAAUGAGUCUUGGAAGAACCACCCGCUAUUCAUGUGUUAAUUGCAUGGUCAGUGUUCAGUUUCCAAGCCCAUACGCAUCAAUGCUCACCAUGUCACCCUGUUCCUGUGGGGGGUUUCAGAGAAUAGGUUGGAACUAGAGAAGUUCUGGGCCCAGUUAUGGCCAAGGCCUUUGUUUCCUUUGGAGACUGAACCAAACUACCACAAGUUUGGCCAAGGAGCCGAGCGUAUCUGUCACAGGUGGAUUUAAAGCUGGUCCUGGAGUUCACCUUACUGAAUUCAUACUUUCUGAAUUUGUGGGAAGCCAUGCAUGACAGAUCAUGCAGAAUCGUCUGUUGGUAUUUGCCUGGCCGUUAGCUUAUUUUGUCAUUGGAUUUCCUGUUUUACAGAGCAGAGAGAAGUACUAUUUGCAAGAGUUAGUGAUGAUUUAGGCAAUUUUAUAUGGGAAUGAAACAUGCCUAUGAGAGACUGCCAUGGCCAUGGAACAGAGCUUUCAAGCCUACAGCUACACUGCAAAAUGAAAGAGAAGCAGGAACCAGUUCUCAGCCCUGAGGCCAAGAGGCAACAGAUGGCUGAUGUCCACAUGGCUUAGGGUUAGUCCUCUUUAAUUGGGUUGCAGAUCUAUUGUGUAGCUGUGGACAGACAUGGUACCUGUGACCCUAAGCUGGUUUUUUAGUUUGUUUUGGAUGCUUCAAGCUUAAAAAAUACCGGGUUGUGCUGCAACACACGACACUCAAAUUUCUCAACAGUCUCGGCAUGCAUGAGGAGUUUAAGCCUGUUAAACAUGGACCUUUAACAGAGAUAUCAGACUUGUGAACCGUUCUGCUCACAAUGAAACCUCAGCUCUUCUCUGCCAUGGUCCUGUUUGAGAGCUUGGCAUAUCCAUCAAGCAAACCCUUCUUCAGCUUUUGUCCGAGUUGUCACACUAUGGGCUUGUGUGUGGUUUCAUCAUGCAUCUUCAGGGCUAAAGGCAGAAGAGCAGGGUUACCCCCAGUGUUGGUGCAGUACCCCUUGAGCGGGUCAGAGCCAUCCACUCUUGUCCAGAUCAGUCCCCUUCCAUCACUGAGGAGCACCACCAUGUUAGCAGCAGCCAGCAUUCAGCUCAGUUGCUUUUUGCCUCAUUGAAGAUCUGCCUCUACUCAGAGGGAAUAUGCCUCAGGAUAAUGUUGUGUGAUGUAAAAACCUCCAGAGGCAUACGGAAUGGCGUGGCAAGCCCACUGAUAACCCAACACCGGUGUAACCCUUUUAAACAAGAGAGGAUGUGGAAAAUAUCUGUCUCCAA